AACAGCAUACGAUAUUAUUUUUAGGCAUAAUAUAUUAAAAAGCAAACGUAAGCCUACUAUAUCUAGCUCCUUAUAGAGGAUAUUGGUCUGCCGCACUGAGAUUCGCGAUCCGCGACCACCGACUUGACUGUCAGACAAUUUGAAAUAAUUUAAAAUUGAUGAGAUUUUUGUUCUUGCUUUAAAUAAUGAUAUUCAAGAUUUAGCAGCAACUAAUGUGCUUGCUCACACUCGCUAGUUAGGCUAGUUGGAUUAGUUAGGCUUGCUGGAGAGCAUUACUCAUUACCCAGGUCGUGCCAAGAAAAAAGUAAUGUUCGUAAGACAUAAAAUAAACCAAGUUACACUUCCUAAGUUGUCCUUAGAUCUGUAAUGCGACCUUCUCCUCUUGAUUAUCUUAAUUCACUAAUAAAAUUUGCGUAAGACAGUUAGCUACAUUUGGCAAAUCAUCCUCAAAUGGUGUAAACUAGGUUUGGCGAUAUUUUUCGAUAAUUGAUCAAUCAUUUGUAAUUUUACUUACCUUUAUUAGUGAGCAUAAACAGCGGAACUGAUGUAGCUAUGUCUGAUAGUUAGCCCAAUCAAUAAUCUCAAAACGUAAAGGAGAAGAUUUGUUUAAUAAUUGAUAAAAUUAGUUAAUUUUGCCGGGCCCCUUAAAAUUGUCAAAAAAUAAUAAUAAAUUUUCCGCUUUGUCCAUUUGUACGCCUCGAAAUUGCACAACUUUCUGUGUAGCACGUUCGGCAUUUACUUCAACAUACAUGCGGGUCAAGAUCGAAAACCAGCGAAGAAAACAAACAAAAGAAAGUUAAUGAAGACAAAGCAAGAAACUGCAUCUGAACGGAGACCAAGAAGAUAGCGUCAUUGUGCAAGCAAAACUCUUAAGAAACGUCAACAAUAUCACCAGCAAAUUAAGUCUAACGUAAAGAAUAGGAACCACUUGUCAACUGCAGGGAAUAACUGAAGCGUUACCCAAUCUAUACAUACAUACAAGCAAUUUACCGCAACAUCAACAUCUAUGCAUAUUAAGAAACAUUAGUUAAGGAAGGCUGUGAUUAUGCCAGUCUUAACGUUAAAAUAUUUAGAACCUAUAGUUGGGGCGUUGCCUCGCACAGAUUAUAAGAUGACUAUGGGCUCAUGCACCGUAAACCAUGUAAUAUCGUUAAGCAGUAUACUUUAUUUACGAUCUCGUUGGUGGUUUUGGUUAAACCGUUAUUGGUCUUGUUGGAUUUGGAUUUUAAUAUCAGUCCACGUAGUAAUGGCAGCCGGUUAUCCUCAUUUACGCUUAACGCAACGCAAUAAUCACGCCAAUAUAUCUGAGCUAUUAGAUAAUCUGCUUAGAGGCUAUGACAACAGUAUAAGGCCUGAUUUUGGCGGGCCUCCUGCUACUGUUGAAGUGGAUAUAAUGGUGCGCAGCAUGGGUCCCAUCUCCGAGGUUGACAUGACCUACUCAAUGGAUUGUUAUUUUCGUCAAUCUUGGGUAGACAAACGGUUGGCGUUUAAAGGCGCUCAAGACACUUUAGCUUUAAGUGUCUCAAUGUUGGCCCGGAUCUGGAAACCGGAUACAUAUUUUUAUAAUGGCAAGCAAAGCUAUUUACACACGAUAACCACACCCAAUAAGUUUGUAAGAAUUUAUCAAAACGGUCGCGUCCUAUAUUCAAGUAGAUUAACCAUCAAAGCUGGUUGUCCUAUGAAUUUAGAAGAUUUUCCAAUGGAUAUUCAAAAAUGUCCUUUAAAAUUUGGCUCAUUUGGAUAUACAACAACGGAUGUUGUUUAUCGAUGGAAUAAAGAAAGGCCAGCGGUAGCCAUCGCUGAGGAUAUGAAAUUGUCACAAUUCGAUUUAGUUGACUGUCCGGCGGGCAAUCUAACGGAUGUUGUUUAUAAAGCAGCGGCACCCAUCUAUCAUAGCAACAAUAAUAUCAACUACCAUAAGAGCAAUAAUAACAACAAUAAUAAUAAUAAUAAUAAUAAUAAUAACAAUGAUUACGACGCAGAUCAAUCCAUCUCUGAUAAUGAUAAAUAUAGCAAAGCAUUGACAACAUUUGCAGGACCAGCGGCAAAAAAUCAACAUAUCCAGACAGCAAAAUUCCAGUUGGAUAAGAUAGCCCAUGGCAGGGGGGAACGUAAAACGAAUAUUAUACAAAUUGAAGUAAUGCAAGCAUCUGAAUAUUCCAUGUUAAUGGUUAACUUUCAUUUACAACGUCAUAUGGGAAACUUUCUUAUACAAGUUUAUGGUCCGUGUUGCCUUUUGGUCGUUUUGUCUUGGGUUUCAUUUUGGCUUAAUCGCGAAGCUACAGCAGAUCGUGUUUCUCUCGGCAUCACUACCGUAUUAACCAUGACAUUUUUGGGCUUAGAAGCACGAACCGAUUUACCUAAAGUUCCUUAUCCUACCGCUUUAGAUUUUUUUGUUUUUCUAUCUUUCGCUUUUAUUUUCGCUACCAUUUUGCAAUUCGCUGUAGUACACUACUUCACUAAAUACGGUUCGGGUGAAUGUUACUUCAUAAUUGAAGAAUUAGAAUCCGAUACGGAAUCAGAAGGUGGCGGUGAAAAUUUAACAAAGACAAGUUUAGAAGCUGAAUAUGCUAACAGUGUAGCGUAUGAAGUGAUACCGUUGACGAUGUGCACGAUAGCGAUACCGAAUCGUAGAAACUCUCUAAGAAACCGUCGAAGUUCAGAAGGUAAGAGGCGACGUCAAAGUCAUAGUUUAAUGUACAGCCUAAAAGAAUAUUUUUCGUGGUCGUGUUUCAAAAGUAAACGAACAAGACAACGAACACAAUUGAGCAUGUCCGACGACGAUGACGAAGAAGCUCAUUUAAAAGAUAAUGAAGAUCACGCAAACAAACGGAAUCAACGACGCCGCAUGUCCUAUUAUCGUCGAGAGGAAAUGGAGAUGCGUCGCAAAGGGAAACGUACACCGCAAUACAACUCCGUUUCAAAAAUCGAUCGUGCCUCACGCAUAGUAUUUCCCAUAUUGUUUUUCAUAAUCAAUGUAUUCUAUUGGUAUGCAUAUCUAUCGCGCAGUUCACGCAUCCUGGCCCAUGGUAACGACAACACCUGAUGUUUCCUUUUAGCAAUUUAGAUCACUAUCACAGAAAUCGUUUUGAAAUUCUCUGCGUAUUCAAUGCAUUUUUAACUUAUAUGCUAUAUAAGGCAAAAUUGUUUCUUUUCUCCUUUUUUUUUUUAUGAAUUUUUUAACAGCUCAAAAGCUUCUUCCGAAUGAUUUCUUUCAUCUAAAUUGCUAAUAAAAUAGAACAAAAGCAAGUGUGACAAGUAAAAAUAUUUAAGUCAGCAAAGCUGACUAAUUAAGUAGCCUAGACGCCACUUCACACAAUCCGGUAUUUCACUUAUUUUCCUGAAAAAAAAAAACCAAAAGCCAUACCUCCUUACCGUGUAAACGUGUACUCUCCAUAGGUACUCUUAUAAGGCCGGUACACAAAUACUUGUUGUUUCCCACGUUGUCCAUUUGGGGAAUUUGGUAAUAUUCUAAUUUCUCUUCAGAAAUUAUUAUUCUGCACUUAUUUUGGUUGUACAAUAUCCAAAAUUAGAUCACUUCUUCAAUCCAAUUUAACCUGAUCGUAUAAAGGUCUAUCUUUCUAAAAAAAACGGUUACAUUAUAUAAAAUUAAAAAAAAAAAGGGUCCCACUCAAUCCAAAUUUUGAGCACGUAUUUAGUAUGCGUGCACGUAUUAGUAUAUAAUUUUUUAAACUUUUUUUUUUUCUUUGUUUGUAUGUACUCUUUUUUUUUCAAAGGGGGGCCAUUACAGUAGAGGAGUAGUUGUAAAAUUACAAAAUUUCGUCCAAAACAUAUCAGUAUACCAAUAUGGCGGGAAUAAC